AUGGUUGUCGUCCUCGCCGGCUUUCGGAGCGAGACGAGACAUUCCAUGUUGUUGAGGCAGAGGGCGAGUCGACUGAGACGAGAGAGUUCGAGCAACGCCACCGUCCCGGAGGAGAUGGGGCGCAAAUCUUUGACACAGUUGUUUCGUGUCACACUGUCUCGUCCCUUCCAGUUCCUGGCCACAGAGGCAAUCAUCAUCUUCGCUGCACUUUACAACGGUUACCUCUAUGGCUUGUCGUUCCUCUUCAACGGUGCACUCAACUUGGUUUUCGGUAAGCACGGCUAUGGCUUCAAAACUAUUGGCGUGGGCUUGUGCUUCCUCGGACUCGUUGUGGGCAUAACGCUAGGUCCUAUCGUAAAUGUCUGCAAAGACGAUAAGCACUUCAAGAACGUCCCUGGGGCACGCCUUCAACAGGCCAAAAUCGCCGUGAUCUCAUUCCCCAUCUCCAUUUUCUGGUUUGGUUGGACCUCUGUGCCAACAUACAACAUUCUCUGGAUGUUCCCCAUGCUUGCUACUGUCAUGUUCGCAUGGUCCUUUUACACCUUGAUCCUCAUGACGUAUAUGUAUAUCGAGCACAGCUACAUGGUCUUCUCCGCUUCUGCGCUGGCUGGCGUGGGACUCUUCGGAAACAUGGCGUGUGCCGGUUUUCCACUGUUUGGCACACCGUUGUUGAGAAUGAAGGGUACAACUGUGCAGGAACAAUCCUGGGUUGCCUGGCGAUAUUGCUGGUGCCCAUUCCCUUUGUGCUGGAGAGGUUUCGCACGAGGCUGA